CUAUAAGCCUUUAUUUUCUUUCUUCCCUUUCGCUAAUGCUAGUGGCUCUCUUUCAUGGCGUUUAAUUCACGUUAACAGCUAAAAGAAACUAGUGCAAGUCUUUGUUUUUUGGUUUGGCAUGGGGAGAGAUGGACAAAGAAACUAAUAACCAAGAAACCCCGUCUCUCAUCUCAAAUAACAAACAAGACUCUUCCCCUAAGAAACAUCCCGGAAGCUCCGCCGUGACUGGUGGAGGAGGAGGGAGUAAUGAUCGGUUGAAACGUGAUGAAUGGAGUGAAGGAGCUGUUUCAAGCUUACUAGAGGCGUAUGAAAGCAAAUGGGUGCUUAGAAAUAGGGCCAAGCUCAAAGGCCAUGAUUGGGAGGACGUUGCGCGUUACGUUUCGGCUCGGGUGAAUUGUACCAAGUCGCCCAAGACCCAAACGCAGUGCAAGAACAAGAUCGAGUCCAUGAAGAAACGGUAUCGGUCGGAGUCCGCCACGGCGGAGGGAUCGUCUUGGCCUUUAUAUCAACGGCUCGAUCUUUUGUUACGUGGUAAUGCUGCUGUGCCGCCUCCACUACUACUGCCGCCGCCGCCUGGUCCUAUUUUCACUAGCCUUCCCUUGACGUUGCCGGAAGCGUCCACGGUGGUGGUGCAACAACAACCACCAAAUAUGGUGGCUCAGCCGCCGACUUUGGCUCCUUAUGGUCUGGGAACUGCACAAAAUUCACAUGGUUCCAAUGGUUUUGAGAAGAUACCCAAGGACGAUGGGACCGGAACAAAAGUAUCCGACCAUCUAUCGGACAAGGUAGCCAUGGAAACCGAUAGUAGCACACCCGAUCUUUACAACGAUGAAGAAAAGAAGAGAUCGAAGAAAUUAAAGACGAAAAUUUCGGAAAAGAAGAAGAGAAGAAAAAGGGAGGAGUACUGGGAAACAGGCGAGAGCCUCCGAGUACUAGCGGAAACUAUUUUAAAGUCAGAAGAAACAAAGAUGGAAACACUAAAGGAAAUAGAGAAAAUGAGAGUGGAAGCGGAGACGAAGAGGAGCGAAAUGGACCUCCAAAGAACCGAGAUCAUUGCCAAAACCCAAUUGGAAAUUGCUAAGCUUUUUGCAGGAUCAAGUAAAGGGAUCGAUCCUGCAUUAAGAAUUGGUAGAAGUUGAUCAUAUUGAAGAUCUAGUUAGUAAUUAUAUUGACGUAUGUAUGGGUUUGUGUAUUGACAAUGAAACAGUAGGGGGAGGUUAAGAGUGGGAAGAUUUAGUGAUGAAUUUUUAACUUAAAUCAGAUUAAUGAUAGUUUUAAAUUGAAAUUUUGGAUUUGAUCGCA